AGCACUGCGUCUUCGCUCAGUGCUUCAAACGCGCCAGUUAGAGAGGGAGUAAUCCACUUGCAUUUAUUUUUUAGAAGCGCUCUGUCACUACGCACUUCAUUUGUAGCCUACUACAACACAAUACAUGUUCUUCUGGUCAAUAAUUUCAAAUCUGUUUGGUACGAUGGAUUGGGUCACAACGCCCUAGCGUAAAGCGUAAAGAUGCGCAGGGAUAUUCCAUGAGGGCGAUGUUUCAAGGUAUAUCCAGAAUUUGGAGAUGCCCACCUUUGCCAAGGAGGAAGCACCACUGUUUUCAAGGAUCCCAUCCAGAGGAGCCGUGUGUCCUGAUCCCAGGCUGCAUGGUCUCGGAAUACCAGGAAAAGUACCCUGCCUACUGCAACACUGUUGUCCGUGCAGCCAAGAAGCUGAAGAAUGAGUACCAGCCAAUGGAAGGAAAGAUAUCCAACAUGACCACUUUCAGGUCAGACUACGUGGCCCAUGAAGUGACCCAGAGGCCACCAAAGGUCACCAAGUUGUAUGUGCCACCUGAUGGGAGAAUGAGACACAGCAGCACUUACGUCAGGGACUACCCAACUCACCCUGUUCAGAAGCACAUCGUGACCAAGCCAGAUGGGUACCAUCCGCCCACAGCAAAGAUGGUUGCCCAGUCUUUAUACAAAGAGGAUUUUCGAGAAUGGCAAAUCCAGAAAGUCCAACCCUACAGGACGAGUGACAACCUGAAGUUGAACAACAGCAAAUUUGAGGUGACCACCACCUAUCAAGACGAAUUCUGCUACAAGGGCCCAGCCGAGGCCAGGGAGAGAUUCAAACCAGCCCCCGAUGCCCCAGAGACCCUGCCCUUCGAUGGCGCCACCAACUACCAGACGCAGUAUAUGUCCCAUCCUGUCUUGCCCAGGCAGCCCAAGGAGAAGGCCGUCUACAGGCCCUCCAGCCCCCCCCAAUGGGGUCUCCACCUACAGGCAGGACUCUCUGGGCCUGCCGGCCAAGCCCGUCAAGCCCUUCAGGGCCAAGGUGGCUUGGGAGAGCAGCCCGGCAAUCUUUCAGGGGACCACCGAGUUCCAUGAUCAGUACAAGUCCUGG